AGUCUGAAACAACUGCCGAAUCUAUUUAACGACAUAAGCACAAAACCAGCAGGACUCUGAAACUGGAUGAUCUACAACAAGCACACCAAUUUCAUCGAGCACAUAUUUCGCUUGUGAUGGAGCCAGAAACAAACACUUGGUCUUCCAGCUCUGUAAAAAUCUCCACUUUUGAAUUUACUCUGGAUUAUAACACUUGAAUUGUAAACGAGAAGAGGAGAACAGCCAAAAAAACUGUCCAUACAUCCUCAACAGGGAUGUGUUGUUACUCUGAGGAGUGGUAGUGUCGUGUACCACGAGCCUGCGAGUGAGGGUGGGGCUCUCCCACUGCCACAGACAAAGAAACUCCUGGUUUAACAACUGGUCAAGUGGGGCCUUUUUGGACCAGCACAGUCCGGCACCGUGUCAGAAGUCGCCAUGGGGUGUAACAUGUGUGUGGUUCAAAAGCCCGAGGAGCAAUACAGGGUCAUGUUCCAGAAGGGUCACAUAAACAACAUGUUGUGCUCUUUUGACGCCGAUGGUCGAUUAAAGGUGAAUGGAAAGGAGUUAUCUCGCCUUUCCGGUGAUCCCACCCUGGACAUACGGGACCCCGUGCUGUCCAACAUACUGAGACGGGGGGCCCGCAGACGCGCAGGCCUAGCGGGAGCCCCCGGAGGGUUAGUGCCAGUGACCAUGGGCAUGGCCGACUGUGUAGACAGCUGCACCCAAACAGACAUCAGCUUCCAACAUAUGUUGACUUUGGGCAAGAGCAGCCAGCAUCCCUGUGGAGCUCCACCCCCACCCGACCCGCCGCCGUCCCCUCCACUACCGCCGUUACUGGAGCCGUAUCUACUCAAUGAACUCUUUAUAGAGCCGGUAUACUACGACCCCACUGACUACUUCGAUAUCACUCAGCAUGAAGUGGACCGACAGGAUGAGCUGGAAUAUGAGGAGGUGGAGUUGUAUAAGUCUCGCCAGCAGGAUAAACUCGGGCUGACAGUUUGUUACAGAACCGAUGAUGAGGAGGACCUGGGAAUAUAUGUAGGAGAGGUGAACCCAAAUAGUAUCGCUGCAAUAGAUGGACGCAUCCGAAAAGGAGACAGAAUACUGCAGAUAAAUGGAGUGGACAUCCAGGACAGAGAGGAGGCAGUAGCUAUUCUCACCAGAGAGGACAGCACUAAUGUCUCCCUGCUCCUCGCACGACCCGAGAUAGAGAAUGAAAACCAGCUGGACCCUGACGAGCUGGACCUCGAGCCACUGGAUAACGCUGUUCAUCUGCCCAGCAGCAACAGACUGAGGAACGAUACCUCUGUCUUGGGUGCUGAACCCGGUGACGCUGCUGAUGGGGGUGUUCUUGGUAACCACGGACACUCAAUAAACAGGGAUUCACCUGAUCUACUCCAGACAGUGCUGAGCAACAGCCAGGAGCUGGACAGUGGGGUGGGCCGUACCGAUGAAAGCACACGCUACGAGGAGUCCUCAGAGCACGAUCUUCUGGGAGACGACCACACUAGUGCCUCCAACACUAACGCCACCAAUACACCCGGCAGCAUGCGCAAGUUCUUGUCUGGUCGAGGGGACACGCCACCUUUGCUGCACUCCCAGGACCUCCAGUUCAGCACUGACUCCCUCUUGGGGCUGGACUGUGUUAAUAAUGGAGGAGGGCUGGAGCACCUGGAGCGACUGGAGAGGAGCUACAUGGCGGAUCCUAUGAGGAUGAUGAUGCCUGGGCUGACUGAGGAGGAGUGUGAGAGGUACAAAGAGCUCCUGGAAAUCAAGUGUUACUACGAGAAGAACAGUAAUGCUCUGAUGGUCCUGGGAGGUCAGGGGCCGGCACCAGAGGAGGGUGGUGUCUCACUGGAUGUAAACAGGAAUGAGAGCUUGACGCAGCAUGAGAUGGCCCUCCUGGAAGAAGAACUGCGCCACUUGGAGUUCAAGUGUCGCAAUAUUUUGAGGGCACAGAAGAUGCAGCAGCUGAGGGAGCGUUGUCUGAAGGCUUGGCCUCUUGAGGACAAGAAUGGAGCCAGUGCAGGAGCUGGAGCAGGACGCUUGGAUAUUACUGCUACUCUGGUCAGCGAGGAGUCCUGUCACCAUGCUUUGUCAGACAUCAAUGAGCUCCCAGAGAGGGAGCGCUCAGACAAGGACAGUACGAGUGCCUACAACACUGGAGGGGAGAGCUGCAGGAGCACCCCUCUGGUCAAUGAACAGUAUCCAUCACCCUCCACACAGAGCCUGGAAGGAGGAGAGCAGCUCCUACCAGCAGGUUUGCAGCUUCCUACCUCCACUAGACAAAAAGGCACCAGGGCUGAAAGAGGCGACAGGACACAAGCAAACCUCAACCAAGCCUACUCUCCCCACUCGCACAGGAGACGCGCCGAGGCAAAGACAUCCAGCCCCGGGGCUAAGGUUAGGUCCCUGCCGCGGGAUAGAGGAACCAGACGGGGCUCAGAUGGUGAAGUGAGACGCAACGCCAAAAGUAAUGGUUCUGCUGAGAGGUCUGGUGGAUACAGUGCAGAGAACAGCCCUUACCUGUCCCGCCGUCACACAGACACAAAGCCACCUCAGCACUACCUGAGCUGCAUGCAGCUGCGGUCUCCCUCCGCCUCCGAGCAGCUUGGUGGACUCAGAGAUGCUCGCAGAGAGGGCAGCAUGGAGACUUGGGGUGAUGCCAGCCCGAUGAGCUUGGGUAGCACAUGUAAAGACAUUGCCCAGUCCCCAGGUGCUGGACCCUUGUCCCCUCCACUGCUGCCCAACUCCCCUCGAAUGGAGUGGAAGGUGAAGAUCCGCAGCGACGGCUCACGCUACGUGGCCAAGCGCCCUGUGAGGGAUCGCCUCCUGAAGGCACGCGCCAUGAAGAUCAGAGAGGAACGUAGUGGCAUGACGACGGAUGACGAUGCCGUUAGUGAAAUGAAGAUGGGCCGCUACUGGAGCAAAGAGGAGCGCAAACAGCAGCUGCUGAAGGCCAGAGAGCAGCGGCGGCGCAGGGAGUACAUGAUGCAGAGCCGCCUCGACUGUUUGAGAGAGCGGGAGAGGGAGCAGGGCAGCAGCACAGGAGGUCAGCAGGGGACGACACAGCAGCAGGAGCCCACCUCCAUCCUAGAGCUUUGCCACCGCAGGAGCAUGAAGAAGCGGAGUCGCAGGAUCCUGGACAACUGGAUCACGAUACAGGAGCUACUGGCCCACGGGACCAGGUCUGCUGAUGGGAAGAAAGUCUACAACCCCCUGCUGUCUGUCACCACAGUCUGAGGUCAGAUGUGAGGCAGAGGGAGAGAUAAGAAAGUGCCAAAGUGUUUUGAGAGGACAAACACAAGCUGUGUCACUACACCUUGGCACAAAUAUUUGUCUGCAGGGAUGCAGCAACACUCAUAAAUACAAAGUCAAUUUCGGUAAUAAUAAGUAGCAUAACUUAGGCCCCAACCUAAAAUAUUUGAUUGGAGAAAUGACUGAGACUGACAUGGUUUGUGUGUCAAGUAACAGUAUCGUCCAAACAGAAAAACCACACACACAUUUACAAUAUUAUCAAAUUGAAGCUGCAUUUCAAAAAGACAAAUAAAACAGUAAAACAAUAAACUACAGUAUAUUUUAAAUACACUGUAUUUCUUCCAAUUCAACUAAACCAGUCAGGACAAAUGCUUUCCAGCCAUUUUCGUGAUGCUUACCUCUUACAUGUAAUGAAUGUGAUCCUUUUUACAUUGAAACAUAAACGCUUGUCAAAUU